ACUAAAGCCUAGUGCAUACUUGGUUGUUUACGUUUACAAGUUUACAAAGAUAGCCCGGAAAGCCGCGAACAUUGUUAUCAAAAUAAAGAUAUUGAAAGAAGCUUAUUUUUCUAGCUGUAGUAAAAAUAUAAGAAAUUUGCAAAAUAAUGGAUGAUCAAGGUUGUCCCAGAUGUAAAACUACGAAGUACAGAAAUCCAUCGCUGAAGCUUAUGGUAAACGUGUGUGGACACACUUUAUGUGAAAGUUGUGUCGAACUGCUGUUUCUCAAAGGAUCCGGCUCCUGUCCUGAAUGUAAUGUUGCACUACGUCGCAGUAAUUUUCGUGUGCAAUUAUUUGAGGAUUCGACGGUGGACAAAGAGGUCCAAAUUCGCAAACGAAUUUUGAAAGACUUCAACAAGAAGGAGGAUGAUUUCAACACCCUAGCCGAGUAUAAUGACUAUCUGGAGAUGAUCGAAGAGAUCAUUUUCAAUCUAUGUAACAACAUCGAUAUUAUCAACACCAAUAAACGGAUAGAGCAGUACAAAAAGGAAAAUCGUGAUAUAAUACUGAAGAAUAAAUCCAAACUUAGCAAAGACGAACUAGAACUAGAGCAGCUGAUUGAACUAGAGAAAGAGCAAACUGAGCAACGCAAAAAAGAACUAGCGAUGAUAGAAGUUGAACUGCGCAAGCAAAAGGCUAAAAAUAAGGAAGAUCUUAUCGAUUCUUUAAUGGCCAGCUAUGAGGAUGCCAGUGCCAUUGUGGAUAAAUUCGCUCAGAGGGCGGAAAAACAGCAGCAGAUUACCAUCCCGAAACCGAUGGCUCCUCCGGCACCCAAGCAAACACACUUCUCAACCGGUAUCAAAUUUCAGUCUCAACAUGGCUUUCUUCCGGUGCCCAAAACCGAGGAAGGGCCAUGCUAUGCUUACGAACCACAAAUAUUUCCCAAGGAGGGCCCAAUGCAACCCACUUUGGAGGAGAUUCAAAACAAUGGUUAUGUUAAGCAUAUAAGACAAGAAACAAUCUCCGAGCAAGCAGGUGGUUUCAACACUAGUAUUUCUUGCUUAAAAGCAAUUCAAGAAGCUUUGGUUGGACUAUACCACGGUUGUUGAUAAUUUGUAUUAGGGCAAAAUUCUUUUAAUUUUUGUUAAGUAUGUUAAGCUAUGUAUGUA